AAAUCAAGUUAAGUCCAGGCAGAAAUACAAGUCUUAUUCCAUAACCAGACUUGAACCGACAAACUUUUUAUAUAUCCCAAAAAUACCAAUAGGAAGUUAAAAAAAAAAAACAAAUACUUUUCGCCUUAGUAAGAUGACGGCCAAAAGAACAACGUUCGACAAGAUGAACCUGGGGCUGCCCGUUCACUCGGAUCCCUAUGAAGGAGAAACUGACUCGGGCUCUUCGUUCGAGAAGGAAAAGAGCGAGAAAGUUAUGUCGCAUAGGGAACUGAGAGAAAAACUAUAUAAGGAGGUAAAGCUCACAAUGCCAGACUUUUUCGCACGCAAUCCCUCCUGCAGCUCGGACGAAUCUGAAGACUUCGAAUUCCCGGAGACUAUAGGAGAACGGGCCAGGCGCAUAUCCUUCGUCCGACGCCGAAAACUGCACUACAAUGAGUUCUCAACGGUGGAGCUGGCCAGGCGUCUGAUCCGCGAGGAGUUCAUCCAGUCAUCGGACAGUCUACCCAGCGUGGAUAACGACUAUAUCUCCGAAAUCGCCGAAGAGGAGUGUGCUCCCUGCGACGACGACUCCGAUGACUUGAUUCCGUACCUCCAAUACGAUCGACCUACAGACCAAUCGAUGUUUUCCGACGAUAGUCUGCCAAAGGAAGAUCCCGAACCAGGAUUCCAUCCCACCCAUCAUUGCUUUCAUAAGCUAAUGAGCCAGACCCCUGAUCCGCCAAUAGUGUACGUUCCCGUGGAACCAGAAACGCGACAGGAUCCCCAACCAGAACCCCAACCGGAACCACGACUGGAACCAGUACCGGAAGUGGAAGCAGUACCACCACCUCCACCACCUGCUCCGGAAGUCACUGAAGGAACAGCUCUGGAAGAAGAAAAACACACUCGGGUCAUCGAUCGAGGCGAAAAUAUUGAUCUCAGGAUUGUUAAUGCCGUACCGAAACACAUUAGUUCGGGUGUGAAGAAACCAAGUGGUCCAAAAACACGGAAUUUAUAAACUAGUACUGGUUGCGCAAUAGGUUAUGGGAUCCGGCUUAAAUGUAUUUCUAUUUAACUGCAAAUACCAACCUCAUUGUGUGUUGCGUCGAUUAGUGUUGCCUAAAAUGUAGAACAAUGUUUUCAAAUGUUUCGUUAGCUGGAAAUAACAAUCCAAACGUAUAGCCAGAAGGUGCCUUCUUAGUCGAAAGGCCGAAAGUGUUUUCACUCAAUAUUCCUCAAGUGAUAAGAAGGCUUUCUUUUAAUCGACCAGUCGAGGAACCCAAGUUUAUUUAGACGGCAAAUAACCGUAAUCGCCUCUGAUCUCAAAUGACUCCAUCAACGCCUUCUUUGCGCCGCACAGCUUUAAAAAUAUAGUUUUCUCGACCCGGAGACCGCACAAUUAUUUGGGCCAUAAAGGACCACAACCCACACUAACGCACACAUGAAGGGACCGAGGACAUUCAAAGGGAUAACUAAGGGUGCACGAUAAUGACGCCUAACGGGUUCCACUCCUUUUCUUGCUUUAGUUUGCGUGGGUGGAUAGUGGGAGGAUGAGACUAAGAGGCAGUAGAAGGAAAAUGUGCUGAAAUUAUUUUAACAAACUAUUCCCUAUCGUUAUCACUCUGUGUGGUAGAUAAUAUUCAGUAUUUGUGAAGCCAUUCGGUAUAAGAUAAAAUUUUAAAAGAUUAUAUUUAAGCGCACUUUUCAUAA